AUGCACAUCGGAGCAGUUUCGAAAUCCCUCCGAGCAUUUUUUCCCGGAAGCACAUCACUUGAGCGAUUUAUUCGUCGUGGACGAGUUGUCUCACCAAGAUCCACACUUGCAUUUUCGUUCAUUUUUUAUGUAGUGCCUUUGGGAUCUUCAUUCGAUACGUGCUCCGCACUCGAUUCCGCUGAUCGAAAUGUUGAAAUGUGGAAGAUUAAGCGGCUGAUUAAAAGUUUGGAACUUGCACGAGGAAACGGAACAUCGAUGAUUUCAUUAAUUAUCCCUCCUCGUGAUCAGAUUGCUAGAGUCCAAAAAAUGCUUGCUGAUGAAUAUGGUACAGCAUCAAACAUCAAAUCACGUGUGAAUAGGUUAUCCGUACUAGGAGCGAUCACGUCAGUACAAGGACGUCUUAAAUUGUACAGUAAAGUGCCUCCCAAUGGACUCGUUGUUUAUUGCGGUACGAUCGUGACUGAUGAAGGGAAGGAAAAGAAAGUCAACAUUGAUUUUGAGCCUUUCAAACCAAUUAAUACUUCGCUAUAUCUCUGCGAUAAUAAGUUCCACACAGAAGCUCUUCAAGGUCUCCUGGCUGAUGACAACAAAUUUGGAUUCAUUAUAAUGGAUGGAAACGGAACGUUAUUUGGAACACUUCAAGGAAACACGCGAGAGGUUUUACAUAAGUUCACCGUCGAUCUCCCGAAAAAACAUGGUAGAGGAGGACAAUCCGCCUUACGAUUCGCACGUCUUCGAAUGGAGAAACGACACAACUACGUUCGAAAGGUCGCCGAAUGUGCUGUAGAGAUGUUUAUUAAGAAUGACAAGGUAACUGUGGCAGGUUUGAUUUUGGCUGGUAGCGCUGACUUCAAAACUGAACUUGGCCAGUCCGAUAUGUUUGAUCAGCGACUUCAAGCAAAAAUGGUUAAAACCGUAGAUAUUUCCUAUGGAGGCGAGAACGGAUUCAACCAGGCUAUUGAACUUGCGGCGGACGCACUUGCAAAUGUCAAAUUCAUUCAAGAGAAAAAACUUAUCGGAGGAUAUUUCGAUGAGAUUAGUCAAGACACUGGUAAAUAUGUAUUUGGAGUGAAGGAUACGUUACAAGCUCUUGAAAUGGGCGCUGUGGAAACACUUAUUUGCUGGGAAAAUCUUGACAUCAUCCGUUACAAACUUAAAAAUGCUGCUGGAGAAGAGAAGAUUCUUAAUCUGAGGCCCGAUGAGGAACGAGACAAAUCCCAUUUUACGGACAAGGAAACCGGGCAAGAUAUGGAAAUUGUGGAGACAAUGCCACUACUUGAAUGGUUUGCUAACAAUUACAAAAAUUUCGGUGCUACGCUUGAGAUUGUUACGGAUAAGUCACAGGAAGGAGCUCAGUUCGUACGAGGGUUUGGAGGAAUUGGAGGUCUUCUGCGCUACCGAGUCGACCUCGUGAGCGAAAUGGUUGAUGAGCUUGACGAUAUUAACCUUGAUGACUAUUAUUGA